CCGGCUUGACCGUUAUAGUUUCCGUAUUAAACUGAAACGAGGGGAAACGUGCACUUAAAAAAUUUACAGGCAUUGUCCUUAGCACCUGCUGUAUUGGAGAGCGAAGACGUCCGUGCUGCCUGAAUGAUGAGUGGCGGAAAAUUGAAGUAAACAUUAAGAUUUAUUUUCUACGGUUUUACACGUUAAAGGAUGGCAGGAAGUCCUGGCCAUGAAAUGGAUGAAGAGGGCCUCAGGGACCCUGUGGUUCAUUUCCACAGUUACCUGCACGGAGGAACCUCAAGCUUGAUAUCAACCCUCCCCACCCUUGUCGUCUUUCCUGUCUACAAGACAGUUUUCCGUCAACAGCUCCACAACAGCCCAGUUCAUCAGGCUGUGGCACAGCUCUACAAAGAGGGUCCAGUGAAGCUCUACAGGGGCGUGGUCCCUCCAUUACUGAUGAGGACGCUGAAUGGUACACUGCUCUUCGGCCUCCAGGACACCCUCCUCCAUCAGCUCUCCAUAUCAUUCAAGAAUGUCAUCUCCGCUUCUGCUCUGCCUGCUGUGGCUGGAUUUGGAGCUGGUAUUGUAGAAGCUAUUGUGUUUACCCCCUUUGAGCGUGUCCAGAAUUUGCUGCAAAACGGCCUAAACGACCGCCAGCUCCCCACCAUGAAGAGUGUCCUCAUGAGGAUGAAGUCAGAGAAGCUGGCUGUUGGCUUCUACAGAGGCUUCCUACCCAUCACAGCCCGCAACGCUUUGGGCAGCUCCCUCUACUUUGGUCUGAAGGGUCCCGUAUGUGCUGUUGUGGCAGAACAGGGGCUUCCUCCAAUGAUCUCCUCCUUUAUCUCAGGGACGCUGACCUCCAUGGCAAUCAGCCUGGCUCUUUACCCGCUGUCUGUGCUGGUGGCUAACAUGCAGGCACAGGUUGGAGGGGAAGGGAUAGGGGUUCUGGCAUGCUGGAGGAUGCUGUGGACGUCCCGGCAGCAGAGUGUGACUCUGCUGUACCGAGGAGGUUCUCUGGUUAUUCUGAGAUCAUGCAUCACAUGGGGAAUCACUACUGCUGUUUAUGACCAACAGCAGAAACAAUCAGGCAGAUCAGACAAUGUUGAAAACCUGUGA